AUGACAGCUUCAGCCUGCCUUAAACUAGGAAAGCUCUCUUCCGCUGAGUCCUUGCUUAAAAGUAUCCUCACACCUCCGCAAUCACAGUCACCUCCCAGGACUUCCACCAACGACCGAAUUCCAUCCCAUACUUAUGAUGCUACAGCUUUUACUAGCAUGACCUCAAAGUUCCAAAUGACCUCAAGAAGUGGCCAAAUUGGUAGUGGUGUUGAGCGUGGCCUGCUUGCUAGGCCACCAAGAACCACGGGCUCAGGGAUUAGUGUCCCGCCUCCUUUAUGGAUGGUGGCGGAAAUGCGAAAGACAGCAGCUGAUACUCACCCCGAUUCGAAUUCCGAGUCACACGGUCUGCCUUUCAUUGACUUGACUGUAUGGGCUGAGCAUUCGGGAAUUGAUGUGUAA